AUGAACGACAAGAACACCGUUCAUGUUAAAAAAGUAUACCAAGAUCAUAAGCAGAAAUCGAACAACGAGAAUGCACCUGAUACAAUGGAGGAGGGGGAGAGCUAUAGCUAUAGCUUGGUGGUGGUGACGAUUUGUAAACAUAUGGAGGAGGUGGCGAAGAUUUGUAAACGUAGGGAGAAGGUGGUGGCGACUUGUAAACAUAUGGAGGAGGUGGCGGAGAGCUAUAAACGUAAGGAGGUGGUGGUGGCGACUUGUAUACGUAUGGAGGAGGUGUCGGAGAGCUGUAGAUGUAAGGAGGAGGUGGUGGCGAUUUGUAAACAUAGGGAGGAGGUGGUGGAGAGCUAUAGACAUAUGGGGGAGGUGGUGGUGACUUGUACACGUAUGGUGGAGGUGGUGGAGAGCUGUACACAUAAGGAGGAGGUGGUGGCGACUUGUAAACGUAUGGAGGAGGUGGUGGAGAGCUAUAGACGUAUGGAGGAGGUGGUGGUGACUUGUAAACAUAUGGAGGAGGUGGGGGAGAGCUAUAGACGUAUGGAGGAGGAGGUGGAGAUUUGUAAACAUAGGGAGGAGGUGGUGGAGAGCUAUAGACGUAUGGAGGAGGUGGUGGUGACUUGUAAACAUAUGGAGGAGGAGGGGGAGAUUUGUAAACAUAGGGAGGAGGUGGUGGAGAGCUAUAUACGUAUGGUGGAGGUGGUGGUGACUUGUAAACAUAUGGAGGAGGUGGUGGAGAGCUGUACACAUAAGGAGGAGGUGGUGGCGACUUGUAAACAUAGGGAGGAGGUGGUGGUGACUUGUAAACAUAUGGAGGAGGUGGUGGGGAGCUGUACACGUAAGGAGGUGGUGGUGGCGACUUGUAAAUGUAGGGAGGAGGUGGUGGAGAGCUAUAGACGUAUGGAGGAGGUGGUGGCGACUUGUAAACAUAUGGAGGAGGUGGUGGGGAGCUGUACACGUAAGGAGGAGCUGGUGGAGAGCUAUAGACGUAUGGAGGAGGUGGUGGAGAUUUGUAAACAUAUGGUGGAGAGUGUUAAAUAA